CGUCGUCGGAGCGGAUCUCCGCGAGCGGAUUCAUUAAUUGCCGUACGCGGCGCGGAAUAUCGGGCCGUAUACGCGGUGCUGUCGCGAUACAAGGUAACACACCGCAGCCGUCACCCAGGUUUCACCGGUAUUCACCGAUUGUGGGAUACUGCCAACUCGCGGACUCUCCGCCGCUGCUCUGACCGCUGCUCAUCGGCUGGCCACCACCACACACAGCGGGAUAUUUCUAGUCGGCUGGCAUGUCCGAGUUAGUGCUCGAUCGUGUGCGCACCGAGCACCUGUGCGUGUCGGCGCUGCCUCGUUUUCCCGUCCGUCUCGUGGGCCCGAGUCCCUUUUAGUCCAAGUGCACGAGGGAAGAGAACGAAAGCCCUCCGCCCUGCUGUUGUGUGUCGAAUGUGAGCGAGAAGAGGAAGAUGAGCGAGAGGAGAAAGAUACCGUCGGGCAGGAAACGGCACGAACAGGAGCAGCAGGCGAGCAAGUCGAAAGAACCGCUCAGGCCCAAAGAACCGAUCAGGCCGCCGAGGACGAGGACGCAACAGGCUCGCGACAAUGGAGCUAUCGAUCGACGCGAGCAUCGCGCCAAGAAAGUACCGAUGACGACCCUCGACGAGAAUGUGAACCGUGUUCCACGGGUGUACCCAAGCGAAAGAGAAGAACGAGAGGAAUUGGUGGGUUGGCCAGAAAGAAUAGAACGUCUCUCGAUGAAUAGUCAGGAUAAUGCCUCGGACUUAGGACAUCCCGUACAAAUUGUACUUGCUCAGCCAGAUCACACUUUUGAAUUAAACGAAGAAGCCUUGGAGAAAAUUCUUCUUGAAGAUGAUAUUAAGAAUAGGAGCGUAGUUGUUGUGUCAGUAGCAGGUGCUUUCAGAAAAGGCAAAAGUUUCCUGCUUGACUUUUUCUUACGAUACAUGAACAGUAAGUAUAGUAACAAUAAUCACACGGAUUCCUGGUUGGGUAAAGAAGAUGAACCUUUGAGUGGAUUUUCGUGGAAAGGAGGUUCCGAGAGAGACACUACAGGCAUAUUAAUGUGGUCAAAAGUUUUCCGCGGUACUUUGGAGGACGGAGAAAAAGUUGCUGUGAUUUUAAUGGAUACACAAGGUGCUUUCGAUAGUCAGUCCACGGUGAAGGAUUGUGCGACUGUAUUUGCUCUAAGUACAAUGCUGUCAUCUGUACAAAUUUAUAAUCUGUCACAAAAUAUCCAAGAGGAUGAUCUUCAGCACUUGCAACUUUUUACGGAAUACGGUAGACUAGCGUUACAAAACUCCGGAAGCAAACCUUUCCAAAAAUUACAAUUCUUGAUACGAGAUUGGAGUUACCCUUACGAAGCCAAGUAUGGUGCAGAAGGUGGAUUAGAGAUAUUAAACAGAAGGCUAGAAAUAUCUGAUAAACAACAUCCAGAAUUACAAAGUCUAAGAAAGCAUAUUAAAUCUUGCUUCUCGGAUAUAUCUUGUUUCCUCAUGCCACACCCAGGCCUAAAUAUUGCCACUAAUCCUCAUUUCGAUGGUAGAUUAUCGGAAAUUCAACCAGAAUUUAAGGAACAACUUAAGGUGCUGAUAUCGAUGCUAUUAGCUCCAGAAAAUUUAGUUACAAAAAAAAUUAAUGGCCAAAUUGUGAAAGCAAGAGAUUUGCUAGAAUAUUUUAAGAGUUAUAUGAAAAUUUACAAGGGAAACGAGCUUCCUGAACCAAAAAGUAUGUUAGUGGCAACUGCAGAGGCAAAUAACUUAGCUGCGGUAACAGAAGCUAGAGAAUUUUAUAUGCGAUUAAUGGAAGAUAUUUGUGGAGCAAAAACACCAUAUUUAAGAACAGCACUAUUAGAGAACGAACAUGCACGCUGUAUGGAUAAAGCUAUGUGCAUAUUUCAGAAUAAAAGGAAAAUGGGAGGAGAUGAAUUUAGUCAAACCUAUAUGAAAAAAUUAUGGCAGGAUAUGGAUAAAGCUUUUCUUCAGUUUAAAAAACAAAAUGAAAGUAAACAUGUUUUCAAAUCCGCACGAACCUUCGGAAUAUAUUCCUCGAUUGUUGUCAUUAUGUACUUUUUGUCUUCAGUAUUUGGUUUUACUGGAUUAUACCUACUAUCAAAUAUUUGUAACUUCGUUGUGUGCAUCUGUAUGUUAACCAUAAUGUUAUUGGCAUAUAUUAGGUACAGUGGUAGUUACGACACAAUUGAAAUAGUAAUACAUGAAGUGGCUAAUACUUUAUGGAAUAAUUUAAUUAAACCAGUCUAUCGACAAUUUGUGGAGAAGUCAGUGUCUGUAGCAGUGGCUCAAGCUGCUGAAAUGGCUACAAAUACAACAAUGAAUGCCACUGUCACUGCCAAUGGCAAGCCUAAACUAACAUGAUGUUCAUUCCCUUUGUGUCCCAAUCUCUCAAGUGUAUUAGAAGCAUACAUCAAUGUAUUAAAACCAGUAAGUGAUAUAACAAAAUUUCAUUGUUUUGACCAUGUAAUAUGAGGCCAUAAAUAGUUUUCUGUUUGUUAAGUCACAUGGAGGGACAGCGUGUUGAAUAUAUUAAUUUAAAGUGACUGUGAAUGUAUAUACAAUAUAUUUUGAUUAUAAUUCCUUUCUAGAUUGUUGAAAAUCAUUAUUAUUAGUAUUGUCUAUGAUCGCUGAUAUUAUAUUGUUAGAAAAAUAAAAUUCCAUAAUUACUGGUAAAGAAUAUAAUUUGGGUAGAAGCUAUUGUUUUGGGGUUGUUAAUGUUUUAUAAUCAACUUUAACUUCUUUUAUAUUAAAAAAGAAAUACACACACGCACACAUGCUGCAUACAUACAUACAUACAUACAAAUAUAUACACAUAAGAAGCAAAGUGUAAACAAGUUUUUAGAUACAUGUACUUCCAUAUUUUUUAAUGAUAUUGAGUUCAUAUUUAAUUCUUUAGUUAGGAGAUUAUACUUAAGUGCAUUUCGACGUCACAAAAAGGAACAUAUUAACAUAAUUUUAAAACAAAAUUUAAAUAACACGCACUUUGUACAUUUAUGCAUU